AUGACAUCUUCAGCAACUACGAGUCGAGCAGUGCAACAAGUUGCUGCUCUUUUUUCGACUGCACAGAGGAGCGCUCUCAAAGUUCGACUUUUGAGCAACUGCACCUCGUCCAGUCUUUCAAGCGGAAGCAAUUCUCUCAGAACAAGUAGAUGCAACUUUAUUUCGGAAAAAUCUUCACUACGGAGGAGCAGGGGGGGAACGACAAAUAGGAUGCAACAACAGCUCGGUUUUGGAAGCAGCGGGCGAUACUUCUCAGCAACGUCUGGGUACCAUUUCCAUUUCAGUCUCACAAUUUCCUCCAUUUCAGACUUACGACUAAGAAGUACGUUACACAUGGGCCGGCGUUGCCCAAAGUGUACAGCAAGAACUUAACCCCCAAGGGGUCCCCGUAUAUAUAGUCUGUAGGAUGGUAUUCAAGUAUGUAGCCUAGCACUGGCCGCUCUUAGUUGUUUUCGACUCUUGGUUUUGGAAGCAGCGGGCGAUACUUUCAGUCUCAUAAUUUCCAUUUCCAUUUCCAUAUUAGUCUCACAAUUAACGCUUGAUGUUACCAUUGAUGAAGCAGAAAAUUUUUUUCCAAAAAAUACAUGCAUCCUCCAUGAUAACACAGUGGCGAAUACGAAGCCUCUGUUGCCGCGACUCUUCAAUCUGCGUUCGGAAAUGACGCGCAAGUGAAGGUGAUAGAUCGGUCUGGCGGUUGUGGAACUAGCUAUGAAAUUCAAGUCGAAAGCACAAAAUUCGAAGGGAAGUCGAGGUUACAGCGCGAACGGCUAGUUCAACAACCUAUAAGAGCGGAAAUAGAGAAAUGGCAUGCUGUUACAAUAAAAACAUACUUGCCUGAAGAUGGGACGUCAUAAAGAUGAAGAAGACGUUGUUGAACAAACUGCUGGUGCUGCGCAGGCAGUCGACUCUUCUUCUUAGUGCAGCGUCAGCCUACGACAAAAAAAUUUUGUAAACUUCGAUGAAUCUUCUCAAUAUGCGUGCAGUUGCCGUUUCCAUUACAACCAGAAGCAAAC